AUGGGACAGCAGUUUACCAAUACUGAAGGGGAGCAAGGAGAGAUUGAUGUUGCAGAACUGCAGGAGUGGUAUAAGAAGUUUGUGGUUGAAUGUCCCAGUGGGACUCUCUUCAUGCAUGAAUUCAAGAGGUUCUUUGGGGUCCAGGACAACCAGGAAGCUGCAGAGUAUGUGGAAAACAUGUUCAGAGCUUUUGAUAAGAAUGGGGAUAAUACCAUCGAUUUUCUGGAAUAUGUAGCUGCCUUGAAUCUUGUUUUACGAGGAAAACUGGAACACAAGCUGAGAUGGACGUUCAAAGUGUAUGACAAGGAUGGGAAUGGCUGCAUAGAUAAACCUGAGCUGCUGGAAAUUGUUGAGUCUAUCUACAAGCUGAAGAAAGUGUGUUGGUCAGAGGCCGAGGAGAGGACCCCACUGCUCACACCAGAGGAGGUUGUGGACAGGAUAUUUCAAUUAGUGGAUGAGAAUGGGGAUGGGCAGUUGUCUCUUGAUGAGUUCAUUGAUGGAGCCAGGAAAGACAAGUGGGUGAUGAAGAUGUUGCAAAUGGAUGUGAACCCUGGGGGAUGGAUCCAUGAGCAGAGGAGAAAGAGUGCUUUGUUUUGAGAAAAUUCAGUUUUGAUACAGCUGCAAAGGUGAUGCUGACUCCAAGUGUGACUCUCCUCCCCUAGGCUAGUAGUGACUUCCCUUUUCAACACAAUCUCAGCAUCCAGAUGAAAACUGGAGUGGUUUAAGAAGACAUAUCUCGAUCUAAAACCCACGUGCUGCACACUGCUGGUACC